AGAGUGUUCCUCACAGCUGUCCCAUGAGGCGGGGGCAGUUGGGGCUGGUGCGCGUGACGAUGAGGAGCGCUAGGCUCGGGAGGCUGCUUUGGAUGCUCUUCAUCACAGAAAUCCAAGCUGCCACUGAACUACCUGAGGAAAAGUACAUCCUAGCAGAGGGAGAGACCCUGAAUGUGAACUGUCCUGUCACUGUUGGAGUGUAUUCCAACAGCCGGAAGGCCUGGCAGAAGCUGAAUCGUAAUGGGAAGUUCCAGACGCUGGCAAUCACAGAAAGGGUCUCGGGACAGGUCAGUAAAGUCCAGGUGGGGAAGAUCUUCCUAACAGAUGAACCCAGUGAGGGCAUGCUGCAUGUCCAAAUGACCAACGUUCAAGCAGAAGACUCAGGACUGUACCGAUGUGUGAUCUAUCAACCUCCCAAGGAUCCCAUCAUCCUGUUCUACCCCGUCCGCCUGGUGGUGACCAACUAUUCUUCAGGAACCCCUGCCUCUGCUGAGACUCCCACCCAGAGUUGCAGUCCAACGACCACCCUUCCUCCUACCACCACCACAAACCGGCACCGUCCCAGGCCCAGGACCGUGAGGACUGUGACCCAAUUCCUCACUGAUUUCACUACCAGCCUCUCCUCUCCUGGCCUCAAAGUUACCCUCACAAAUGUGACGGAUAUCACCAGGGAUACUGAGAUCAGCCUUAUCCUUCCUGCGGUGUGUGGACUUCUGAGUAAGAGCCUGGUCUUCAUUGUUCUGUUUGUUGUCACCAGGAUGUCAUUUACACCUUAGGCCCAGUGACCCAGGAGAAUGGCCUCUGACCUCCAUCCUCAUCCAUCUGGCAGCUCCACCGGAGGGGGAGGGGGAGGGGGAGGAAGGGUGAUAACCGGAGUUGAAUCUGUAACACAGGUGUUUCUAAGGCUCGGGAUCCCACCUUCUUGGCCCCUGAAAUGAGCUCCCCUCAUUUCACUGAUAACCCGGGGUGUGCGCUUUUACCCUCUCAGGAGAGAAGGUACAGCCCCAGGGGUGCCCAUUCAAUAAAGACACUGCCAAUGCU